AUGGAGAUAAUAUUUCCCAAGGCAACGUACGGAGGCAUAAAGAGGUACCUGAGACGGCAGCGCUACCGGCGUCUCCACGGUGGCGCGGCCACCGGAAGGAGGAAGAUGGCGAUAAUCCAAUUGAGAGGUCCACGUAGGCAUUGGAGGUUGAGAACGAGUGGAAGGCUUAGAUGGUUGAUGACAUCGCCAUUGAAGAUGUUGGCAAAGCUGAAGAACGUUUACAUGAACUUGAUGCUGAAGAUGGCAGGGAACACACGUGCUAUAAACAGUGAUAAGAUUUUCGGUGUUAAACGGAUUCCAAACCCUCGCCAGGUGUCAAAGAAAUAUGCAUGUGAUGAAUUUGAGGCAAGAAUCCUUUUUGAGAUUUCUAAGACCUUAGUGCCUUCCUAUGAACUUCAUCCCAUGUAAUUAACUUUGAUAAAAUCAAAGUUUACUUAUUGUACAAGCUGUAAAAAUAAUAGUUUUAAAUUUUCUUUUAUUAAAAGUAAAAUAAAAAUGAUUUAAGAAUAAAUAAAAAAUAAAAACAGAGAUUUAUUUUAGUUAUGUUGGGCCCGUGGUGUGGAAACAAAAAAUCAUACCCAAACCUACGAGUUAGAAAAUCCUAUCCAACCGCAGCCGCAGCGAACACUGAAGGAAAGCAAAGAAAUGGAAACCAAAGCUGAUGCUGAAUCUUUCUGGACUUGGAAUGCCGACAAGAACGCCAACCAAAAACCAUUCUCUGUUACGAAGUUCCUAGGAAACAACAACAAAACUCCCAAAGCUCAAACAUCAGUGUUGGGUCCUGGCUUCGGAGCUGGCAUCGGAUGCGGCGCCGGGAUAGGUUUGGGUUUGGUUGGUGGGUUGGGGUUCGGAGGCUGGCCGCCCUUCAACCACCUCCACCUGGUUUUUGGCCUGGGAAUGGGUUGUGGAGUUGGUGUUGGCUUCGGCUUCGGCCAAGGCAUUGGAUACGAUUUUAGUUUCCAGACUCGUAAGUCUAGAAAGUCCAACAAAAGAUUUUCAGAUCCCCGCAAAACAGUUGUUAUUCAGAUUUGAUUAUAUUCUUUUUCUUCUUCCUAUGUUUAUUGUUCAUUCUUGAAAAUUGACACCUUUUAUU